CGGCUUUUCGCGUGGCACAUUCUCCCUAUUGAGCUGUAUGGAAAACAUGAGCGGUCGCCCAAUGUGGAACCGACUGGCUUCGUUCCGGGUAUCACGUCGCGGUUAUCCUUUCAUCUAUUACGAGAGGAUCCAGAAGCCCGAUUGAUCGAUCAUGUGCAUGGCGCCGGGGGCACUGUUGGUCCGGGCUAUAGAGUCCCUAACCACCAAGCGCUGCAGUGGUAAACUGGUCUAUGAAGUGGCGGGCAUGCCCCCUUCCCUUCUCCUUAUAUUUGGCCUGUCCAUGGGGACUGCCGUCAGCACCGCUGUGUCCCGACAUCUUGCUCUGCGGUCUCCACCUGUAGUAUUUGCGGGGGGGCGUUCUUGUCGCUCCAUUUGCUGAUGUAGCGAC